AUGAAAUUUUACUUUUGUAUUUUUGGCCUUAUUGGUUGGGUCUAUGCUAGGCCAGAGCCAAUUACAUUGCCCUACAAGAUUCCGCAGAAGCUUCAAGAUUUUGGGGCUUAUUCGCACAACAAUGAACAACAAGCAUAUAGGCAAGGUUAUACAAUCUUGGGGCGGAAUUCAGAUUACAACAAACCAUCUUCGGAUUAUAAGCCUGCUGCUGAAUAUAAACCUGUAGAGUACAAACCGCAAGAUCCAGAACCAAACCUUGGAGGUUACUUCUACAAACCCCCAGACUACAACAAGUUCACUGCGGAGGAGCCACCAACCCAACCAAAAAUAUUCAAGCACGUCUACAUCCACGUGGCUCCUGAAGAGCAGGAGGAAGCCAGAACAAGGGUUCAAUAUGUUCAACCGCCACCCCAAAAACAUUACAAAAUCAUCUUCAUAAAGGCGCCAAGCACCGCGACUCGUUUAGCCCCGAUAAUCCCUGUACAACCCCAGCAUGAGGAAAAAACUCUUGUAUAUGUUUUGGUGAAGAAAAAUGAAGAACAAGAGGAGGUCGUUCUUCCUCCUGUACCCCAAAAGGAACCCACUAAACCAGAAGUGUACUUCAUCAAGUACAAGUCCAAGAAAGACUCUGGUGGCGUUAGCUACGACUAUGGUUAUCCUCCACCACUGAUUCAUAACGACUCUAACAAAAAUGGGGGGCAAGUUUUGGUAAACACUGCUCAAGGUGCCACACAGGAAUUGCCAUCGCAGAUUCAAGUCCAAGAGUUUAGGCCUAAUCCGUACUAA